AUGAUUUACAAAGUGUUUCUGCUCUUUUUGGCCCUAGAAAUUGUGGAUUGUGGACUGUUCAGUAGUAGCUAUUGCAAGCAAUGUAAGAAUGACGCAGUGGAGGGCUUCAAAAGCCAUGGAAUGAGUAAUCUGGAUGGAAAUGCACUUUAUGUAAGUUUCAAGUAAUAACAAAGGAAAAUAAAGUUGUCAGAUGCGCCUGAGUACAGUCUAUAAUAGGCUGUGUAAACUGAUUUGGCUUUAAAUUUUGUGAAAAGAAACCAAGAAUUUAACAAGGAAAGCGCUUCUAUGGGGUAUGGAGUUGUUUCGAGCUAAAGUGAACCCUGGCACCUUGACAAGCCUUAAAAUACCAAAUUUGAUUAAUACCACACCUUAAUUAGUAGUUCGAAUGUAAAAAUGGGAAUUUGUGUGGUGUUGCGAGAAAAGUUCUGAGGUUUUUUCACCCUGACAAACCAAAAUUAAGCAGCUAACUUUUACGUAUUCUGAAUCAGAAAAAUUUUACGAUUUUUUUCGACUUGUAACUCCAUACCCCAUAGAAGUACAAUACUUUCCUCGUAAGAUUUUUUUCACCAAAGCUUCUAUUACUUAUUUCUCGAAGUCUAGCUCACAAAAAUCAUGGAAUUUUCUGGUCGCACCGACUGGGAAAUCGAGAGUUAGCUCAGAAAUUUACAACAUCAUACAUGUACGUUCCAUUACAAAAUUUUAAAUCGUAUAAAUCGGACUUUUCCGCUUCUUUAUUCAGAUUUUUUGCUCUCAAUUUUCCUGACUUUUGCAAAAAAAAUUAUAAUAAGCGUGUUUUGUAAAAUUAGAGCCGUUUGUUUUUUAAAAAUUUUGUAACGGCAACCCAGCCCGUAUUUUACCCCUUCCAUGAUGUCAAAAAGACAUUGUGGGCGUAUGUUUGAUGAUAAUUGCCAUGUCAAUCUUUGAAGAUUACUUUCAGGGCAUCUGUGACAAAGCGCUGUUUGGAGAUCGAAGCGAUAAAAAUGGAAGACUGGCCAAGAUGGUCAAAGGCGCAAAAACAAUGGAGGAGAAGCUGAAAAUCAUGGAGCCAUGUAGGUUGUAAUCAAACUUGAAAAAAAAUUGAAAAAAAUAGCCUUAAGUUAAAGAGGUUUUCAGUAGUUCAAAAAUGUGAGAAGUUCAAGAUGGAUCCAAAUUCUGUGAAGCCAUACCAAGAGAAAGCGUUGAGCGCUGAGAAAGCCGGGGAAAAGAUGGCCAAGGACCUGUGCAAAGACUUGAAAUAUUGUUAA